CCCGGAGCAGAUCGAUCCCGGCAAUGGCAGCCAUGGCGCCGCCGCCGCUCAAGUACCGCCCGUGCCACAACCCCGACGGGCUGGUCUCGGAGGAGGCGCUGCGCAUCAUCGUGGAGGCCAAGGCGUGCUUCGUGGCGCUGGCGCUGGCGCUGGCCUACUUCCUGACGGCGUCGCAGCACCGGCUGUGGAGUUCCAGCCACCUCGUCAAGGGCUUCCUCUUCGCCGUCACGCAGCCCGUCACGCGCUUCCUGGUCGGCAUGUUCACCAUGCUGCUCUCCAUGCCCUUCCGCAACGACCUCUACCUCCUCUGGGGCAUCCUCCUCCUCGCCGGCUACGAGGGCGUCUACACCAUCUCCGGCUACUGCGUCUCCGCGCGCCGCUCUGACCUCGCCGUCCACGAGUUCGCGCGCGCCUACAACAUCGUCACCCUCGGCCUCUAUGUGCGCUACUACUCGCGCGCCUCCCAGUUCCGCUACCCGCUCUGGGCGCUCUGGGCGCUCAUGGUCGCCAAGUUCCUGGAGCGCAUCGUCCGAUUCAAGAUCGCCAACGCCAGGUACGGCGACGCCAACACCAGCUUCGUCGCCGAGUACAUGAAGCACGAGGAAAAGGUCGAGGUGACGACUGAGAAACCCACAGCCAGUUUCUCCAUGGAAGAUUGCAACUACCUCGUCGUCGGCGACUCCAUGUCCAAGGCGAAACCCGAGAGGGUCGGGAGCGAGUACGAGGCCAAGUACAAGCCGGCGGAUGGCACCGUCACCGUCGCCAAGGUCUGGAAGUGCGACAGGAAGCUCCUGACACCGAAUUCGAAGGCACCCGGCGACGAGGACGAGCUGAAGGAUGUGUGCCUCUCCUUCGCGCUGUGCAAGCUGCUGAGGCGGAAGUUCGCCGGCGUCGCGACGGCCGAGAGCGAGAGGCCAAAGGCGCAGAGGCUGGUCUUCGACAACCUCAUCCGCAGCGGCUGGGAACGGACGUUCCGGGUGGUCAGGACGGAGCUCGGCUUCGCGAGGGACCUGCUCUACACCAAGUACCCCAUCCUGUUCAGCUCCGGCUUCCCGGUGGUGAGCACCAUGCUGUUCGCCGUGACGGUCGGCGUGUCCGUGUGGAUCACUGUGUCGGCGGUUCGGCACUACCGACUUCCCCACUGGAGCACGUCCAAUGUCGUCCAUGGCAGGAACGUGGACCUGCUCAUCACCUUCGUCAUCGUGGGCAUGGUGACGGGGAUGGAGAUCUGCGAGUUCUUCAUCCACCUCUUCUCCGACUGGACUAAGGUUAUGGUGAUCUCUGAAUAUGUUCAGAAACCGUGGCUCAACUGCCGUUUCCUUAACUGCAUCCUGCGCCUCAUCUGCUGCGGCAAGAUCGCGGAGCCCAUCGGCAGCUCUCUCGGGCAGUUCGAUCUGCUCAAAGCGACCAAGCAGCAGACGUGCCUCCCGGAGAUCAUCGUCAAGCUGUACCACACCGCGAGGUCGUUCGUCCUGCUGACCGGCGACGAGGGUUUCCGCGCCUACAAGUGCAAGACACUCCGGCCGGUCCCUGACGCCGUCAUGGAUAUGAUAUGCCGGACGCUCCGGGACAACAGGGAGCGUUUCACUGCGGGUCAGGAGCGGCCGCGGAGGGGAACCGAUCUGGAACAACCCUACAGAGCGAUGCUGUCAGAUUACUGCAGGGCGCCGAUCGAUAUCGAGGCGAUCAUGGUGUGUCACGUCGCGACUAGCAGACUGGAGGACGACCUGAGCAUCGGCGGAUCGAGCGGCUUGGCGAACGGCGGCGGCCGGAGCAGUGAAGGAAGCAACGAUCUGGAGAAGGGGCGGAGCGGUGACGGAUCGAAUAAAUCGAGCGAUUUGGACUACAAACUCGUGGCCACCACGCUGUCGAAGUACUGCGCCUACCUGCUGUUCUACAAGCCGAAGCUGCUCCCCGUCGCCAGCAACUCCGUGCGGUUCAUGUGCAAGAUCCUCGUCGACGAAGCAAAAGCGAUCGACGGAGAGGAGGUAGCCAACGGCGGCGGCGACAAGGAAGCCAAUGGCAAGCAGGAGAGAAGUGGCAACCACCACGAGGCCGGCGUAGUUUCGAGAGGCCAGGCGCUCGCGAGAGAUCUUCUGGGGCGCGUGCCGGCGCAGGGCGACGAGCUCUGGAAGGCGCUGGCCGAGCUGUGGUGCGAGCUGAUCGUAUCGACGGCGCCGCACGGGAACAUCGGCGCGCACCAGAAGGAGCUCGGCAAGGGCGGCGAGUUCAUCACGCACCUGUGGGCGCUCCUCUACCACGCGGGCAUCGACGACAAGUUCUCGGGUGCGUCAGCCGCCGCCGCUGAUGCCGCGCCUAACGGAGAAGAUAACAACGGGCAAGGCGGCGGCGGCAUGUGUACCGCCGGGUCUGGUGGGAUGACGGUGUAAAACGUCUGUGUUGUGGGCUCUGCGUGGGCCCUCCGUGCGUGUUGUUGUGGAUGGGUUCUGUGCGCGCGAAGAGAAUUGUCGUGGGCCUACAUGCACGUUUGGGCUUAAGCCGGUUUCCUUCCCUGAGUUCGACCGUACAAGUACAUGCUGACAAGCACUUAUCUCGACACU